AUGGCCGGUCCAGCCACUCUGCUUGUGUCUGUCAGGCACCAGGCAGGGGCUCUUCGCACCCUCCAGGCUGCUGCAGGCCCCCAUCCUCCCCGCAGCCCCCCGCAGCCUUCCCACACCCAAACCUUCAGCGCCAGCAGGUCUGGCACAGCUUGGCACAGCCUGGCAGAGGAGAUGGAGGUGUCCGAGCCUGGUGGGGCUCAGAAGCUGGAGGAAGAGAGAAAAGCCCCAGGGAAAAGCCCUAAGGAAGGAGAAGAGAGUGGAAACCUAUCUCCUCUCAGCCCAGGCAAGCCCAGGCCAGAGAGGCUGGCCCGGCCAGGGCUGGUGAGGUGUGAGACGCUUCGAGAGAUGGCUCUGCGCAGCAAGAUGUCCCGACUAGUAGAAGCGACUUCCCAGCUUGUACAAGUAGAACAGACUCUCCUGCUCCCUCUCCUACAGCAGCAUCCUCUUCUUCUCCAUCCAAAAGAUAGCAUUGAGUUUAGAAACAUCUGUAGCCAUAUGGCUUUACAAAGAGAGGGACAACAAUUUGAGAGAGACUUACAUGAAGCCCACCAGUGUUUGAAGACCAUCACUGAGAAACUCAUUCGUUCAUUGGCAGUUUUCCCCUCAGAUUCUUAUAUCCCGGUCCGAUCUGCUCUGAGAGAAAUCCUGCAAAAUCUCCUGGCAAUGUGA